UCUCUCCCCUUUCCUCAUCGCUUCCUUCGAACUCAUUUCCAGAUUCUCCACUCCUCUCUCUCUCGCUCUCUCUCUCUCUCUCUCCCUCCCUCCCUCUCUCUCUCUCUCGACCUUUUUUUAAUCAUUUCCCUUCGAUCCGAACAAAGAAGUAGAGGAUUGAAGCCAUCACUGCUCCUGAUCCGUUGCUUCUUGUUUCUCUCUCUCUGUGGGAUGGCGCCGGCAAUCGCGGAGAGAAUCGAACUCGCGAAGCUCUGCAGCUCCCGAGACUGGUCCAAGGCCAUUCGCGUCCUUGAUUCCCUUCUCUCCCAGUCCUUCGCCAUUCAAGACAUCUGUAACCGAGCGUUUUGCUAUAGUCAAUUGGAGCUCCACAAGCACGUGAUCAAGGACUGCGAUAAGGCCCUCCAGCUCGACCCCGCGCUGCUUCAAGCUUACAUUCUCAAAGGUCGUGCAUUUUCUGCUCUGGGAAGGAAAGAGGAUGCUUUCUUGGUUUGGGAGCAAGGGUAUGAACAUGCUCUUGGACAGUCUUCAGAUUUGAAGCAAUUGCUGGAACUGGAAGAGCUUCUCUCAGUUGCCAAAGAAAAUGAGAGAAUUUCUGAGGACCAUGCUAUGGAGUCAUGUGAGGCUUCUGUGCCUGCAUCUGAGCUUCUCUCUGUUGCCAAAGAAAAUGGGAAAAUUUCUGAGGACCAUGCUAUGGAGUCAUGUGAGGCUUCUGUGCCUGCAUCUGAGCUUCUCUCUGUUGCCAAAGAAAAUGGGAAAAUUUCUGAGAACCAUGCUAUGGAGUCAUGUGACUCUUCUAUGCCUGCAUCUGAAGCUGCACCUGCUAUUUCAAACAAAUCAAGUGAUGCCUGCAAUAUAAACAAUGAGCUGAGCGGCGCGGUUGAACUGUGCAGCAAGUCAGAUGAUAUGUCUGAGAUGCACAGCCAAUCAAAUGGUAAAUGUGACAUACAUAAUGAAUCAAGUGAUAAAAUCAAGACGAACGGAAAGUUUGCUGACCAACGAAACGGAACCAGUAAUGGCCUACCCAAUGGAGCCCAUAGUAGCCAGCCCAAUGAAACUUACGGCAUUCUUAGCAAAUUGGCUGAGGAAUCGGAAUUAUGUAAGGAGUUAAGUGAUACAUGCAAUAAAUCACCUGUCGUUAGCAGCAAAUCAAGUAGUAUAUCUGAGAUCCGCAGAAAGCCCAGCGAGAAAUCUCAUGAUUUAGUUGAUGAAGCCAAGAAGAAUAAGAAGUUCUCUGUUGCUAGGAUUUCGAAGGCCAAGUCAAUAAGCGUAGAUUUCCGAUUAUCAAGGGGAAUUGCACAGGUAAAUGAAGGGAGAUAUGCUCACGCGAUAUCCAUCUUUGACCAGAUCCUAAACGAGGAUCCUACUUAUCCUGAGGCACUGAUAGGAAGAGGAACGGCAUAUGCGUUCCAAAGGGAACUCGAUGCUGCUAUUGCUGAUUUCACAAGGGCUAUUCAAUCGAAUCCAUCAGCUGGUGAGGCAUGGAAACGUAGAGGGCAGGCCCGGGCUGCCUUGGGGGAAUCUGUCCAGGCCAUUUCAGACUUGACUAAGGCGUUGGAGUUUGAGCCAAAUUCAGCAGACAUAUUACACGAAAGGGGGAUUGUUAAUUUCAAGUUUAAGGAUUUUAAUGCUGCUAUUGAAGACUUAUCUGCUUGUGUACAGCUUGAUGAGGACAACAAAUCAGCUUACACAUAUUUGGGAUCAGCAUUAUCUUCAAUUGGUGAAUAUAGAAGGGCUGAGGAGGCACACAUGCAAUCAAUUAAACUUGAUCCAAAUUUCCUUGAGGCAUGGGCUCACUUAACACAGUUCCACCAAGAUUUAGCAAAUUCAGAAAAGGCUCUCGAAUGCCUUCAGCAGGUUCUGCAAGUUGAUGGAAGGUUUGCUAAAGCAUAUUACUUGCGUGGACUUGUACUCCAUGGGCUGGGAGAGCACAGGAAUGCUAUCAAGGAUUUAUCACUUGGGUUGAGUCUGGAGAGCUCAAACAUCGAAUGUUUAUAUUUAAGAGCCUCGUGCCACCAUGCUAUUGGAGAAUAUAAAGAAGCGGUAAAAGAUUAUGAUGCCGCUUUGGAUUUGGAACUAGAUUCAAUGGAAAAAUUUGUUCUUCAAUGCCUGGCCUUCUAUCAGAAAGAAAUUGCUCUCUAUACUGCUUCAAAGAUCACUAGCGAGUUCAGUUGGUUUGACAUCGAUGCAGAUAUUGAUCCCCUCUUUAAGGAGUAUUGGUGCAAAAGGCUGCACCCCAAAGAUGUGUGUGAGAAGGUUUACAGGCAACCACCCUUACGCGAAUCUCUGAGGAAACAUAAGCUGAGAAAGCAAGAUGUUGCUGUCACAAAGCAGAAGACUGCUCUCAUACAGGCUGCAGACUCUAUCGGCAAGAAUAUUCAAUAUAAUUGCCCUGGCUUCUUGCCCAAUAAGCGUCAGCAUCGUAUGGCUGGCUUAGCUGCUAUUGAGAUUGCACAAAAGGUGUCAAAGGCAUGGCGUUCUUUGCAAGGAGAGUGGAAACAUUCUAAUAAAAUCACAUCAAAAUAUGGAAAGAAAGCCCGAAGAAAGGAAAAAAUCAGUAUUCCUAGCCAGAACAGAGGUGGUGCUGGUUGUAGUACUAGCAGUUCCUCCGAAACAUCAACUUCGUAUGGAAUUACCUUGGAUAGAUCUUCGGGCCGUGCUACAAUAUCAUGGCAUGAUGUUUAUUCAAUGGCUGUAAGAUGGAGACAGAUCUCGGAACCUUGUGACCCAGUUCUCUGGGUGAACAAGUUAAGUGAGGAGUUCAAUUCAGGAUUUGGGUCUCACACGCCCCUUAUUCUUGGGCAAGCGAAAGUUGUUCGCUACUUUCCAAAUUAUGAAAGAACCUUAGAUGUUGCAAAGGCUGUAAUUAGGGAAAAAAUGCAUGUCUACAGCAAGGGAGAUACUUUCAUUGAUCUAUCUAAGGAUGGAAAACUGCAAGAGAUUAUGAAUGCAGAAUCCUGCUCUGAUCUUUACAGAGUGGUAGGUCAGGACUUCUGGUUGGCUACUUGGUGCAGCAGUACAGCGGUUGAGGGGAGACGUCUUGAAGGAACCAGGAUCACUCUUGUGAAGAUGGGAGAACAUGGAUUUGACUUCGCCAUUAGAACACCUUGUACACCUUCCAGAUGGGAAGAGUUUGAAGCUGAAAUGACUGUGGCAUGGGAGGCUCUGUGCAAUGCUUAUUGUGGUGAGACAUAUGGGUCCACUGACUUCAGCAUGCUUGAAAAUGUGAGAGAUUCAAUCUUGAGGAUGACAUAUUACUGGUACAAUUUUAUGCCGCUUUCCAGAGGCUCUGCUGCUGUGGGGUUUGUAGUUUUGCUUGGAUUGCUUCUUGCUGCUAAUAUGGAGUUCACUGGGAGCAUCCCCGAGGGUUUGCAGGUGGAUUGGGAAGCUAUUCUCAACUUAGAUCCAAACUCCUUUGUUGAUUCGGUAAAAAGUUGGCUGUAUCCAUCUCUGAAGGUCACUACGUCCUGGAAAGAUUAUCCAGACGUUGCAUCAACUUUUGAAACAAUUGGAUCUGUUGUGGCUGCCCUCAGCUCCUACACUGACUGAGCAUUUUUCAUACACAAGGAACACUUGUUUAAAGACACCCAUAUCCACACACGGUUGUAUCAUUUCAGAAAGCUGAAAUUACAAUAAGGUUUCCUGCCUGCUCUUGAAGCCUUGACCUUGGGAUUACUCGUUUCAACUUUCAAAUGCUAUUCAAUCUGAAGAAUGAUGAUGAACUCAUUCUGUGUGCCACGCAAAACCGAAACUUCAUGGGAUAAUUUUAUUGUACUUUCAUGAAUUAUGAAAACCUGUGUUGGAAAAUUUGUCAAUUUUUUUCACAUAAUUUGAUUUUGUGCAGCACAGAUGAGCAGUAAUGAGCAACACAUUCUAACCGAUGAUUCUCCCUGAUCUGGUUAACCCGUCUUGGAGCAGUAAAGAGAUCGAGGUAAAAUUAGGAGAGAUUUGUCCAUAUUCUCAGCAGCUUGUUUAUGUAUUACAUGUAUGCUUGUUGUAUAUUGUUCUCAGGAGGAAACUGCAGUGGAUUUAUUUUUCAUUCAUCCCUUUUUCCUCCAAUAAUUGUCUUAGAAUACAAUUUCUUAGUUAUUAUGUACACAUCAUGUUAUUUAUAUGUUUUUUACCCAUUUUCUUCGGUAUGUGGUCGAA